GAGGUACCUCGGCUUACCAUUACCGUAAGUGACCCGCUGCUAGCCUCGAGCUACUGAAGUACCCCAGACAAUGCGUAUGAAACUGAACAGAACUCUUGCCUUUACCUUUCCGCUCCCCAACGACUCAGUUGACAGGCAGACUACAUACAGGAGAUGUCAGCCUUACUGCGACCCACCGCGAGACUCAUCGCACGCCCAAUCCAGCGAUGUGCAUACUCGAGCGCGCCGUCACCCGUAAUCAACGUCUUCAACUACCCUGCGCCGCACUCUGGAAACAUACGAAUCCUCUCUCUGAACCGUCCCGCCGCUCGCAAUGCCAUAUCGAGACAGUUGCUCGCCGAGCUGACCCAACAGAUCACUAGCAUACACAAUGAGGGCCAAACAGGGCAAACAAGAGCUCUCAUUCUCGCUAGUGAGGUCGACACAAGCUUCUGCGCAGGCGCAGAUCUGAAGGAAAGAGCUACGUUCACACAAGAAGACACCGCCAACUUCCUCACCUCCCUCCGCUCCACCCUCUCCUCGAUCCAAGCCCUCCCGAUCCCCACAAUCUCCGCCCUUGCCGCGCCCGCAUUCGGUGGAGGCCUCGAGCUCGCCCUCACAACUCACAUGCGCGUCUUCGGCAGCACUACCACCGUCGCGCUCCCCGAGACACGUCUAGCCAUCAUCCCGGGCGCAGGCGGUACCUACCGUCUCCCUGCUCUGAUCGGACUGGCACGCGCGCGCGACAUGAUCCUCACAGGCCGCCGCGUGGGCGCGCCAGAAGCCUACUUCCUGGGCCUGUGCGACAGGCUGGUGGAGAUUACGCCCGAGGAGCAGAAGGAGGAGGGCGCGGCGAGGAAGAAGGUACUGAACGAGGCUGUGCAGCUGGCUAUCACGAUUUGCGAGGGUGGACCGAUUGCGAUUAAGGCUGCGCUCGCUGCGGUAGAGGGGUGCGCGUUGGGCGAGAAGGCAGAGAAUGCGGCGUAUGAGCUGGUUGUAAGGACAAAGGACAGGGACGAGGCGCUGGCAGCAUUUAGAGAGAAGAGGAAGGCUGUCUUCAAGGGCGAGUAACAUCACGCUGUGGUAACUAGCAUGGUUUUCAUGGGUCUGGCAGCAAUGCAAUGAUUCAGGAGCUCAUCCGGCUACGUGUUCCGCUCCGACCACGCCGUCUUUAACAGACUCAAGCUUUGGCGAGCGAGGAUGUCAUUGAACAAUUGAGAUGCUCCGCACUUCCAUUUCAUGGGCGGAUAUUCUUGACAACAGGCUCGAGCUGUGG